AUGUGCCUAACGCAUCUUAUAACGAGUUACUCCCUAACGGAGCUUCGAGAAGAUAUCCUCCUGUUUGUACCUCAGCAUCUACGCCAAAGCCUCGUGAGAUACACGAGUAUCCAUUCACCUCUUCCUAAUUCACGUCUGUUCGCAUUAUACGAAGCCGAAUCCCAUGCGAAUGGUGAAAUCAUCGUUAUCGGACCCAACAACUCUAUCCGAGACGACUACUUCAUCCAAGCCAGCGCGGCCUCAACCGAGGGACCUUCCACAUCUACAUCCAGAUCCUCACCCAGUCCGACCCCUUCGAUCGAAGAUGACUGGGAAGCCGAAGACACAUCCCCCGCCCUCCUCCGCGUGGUCGCAAUCGUCUCAACCCAUCUAUCGACAUCCACCGUCCUCUCCAUCCCACCCACAAUAACCCAUCUCGCCCUAAUUCACCUCCCCACACCCAUCCCCCUUCACCGCCUACCAUUCGUUUGCCCGCUACUGGUUUUCCUUGAUCUUUCAUUCAAUACUUGGUUACAAGAUCCACCGGAGGAGACGUUGAAAAGCUGGGAUCGCGUAUAUUGGGGCAGGUGGAGUCAACUAAAGGUCCUUGGGUUGAGAGGAUGUGACAUGUCGCCAGACAGAUUGGAGAAGGUGAAUGAAGGUCGAUGGGAUGACGUUAGGAUUGUACGUGAAUAA